CAUCAAUUGUGAAAAUGGACAUUGAAAAGGGGAGGGGAUGUAACAACAAUUCAAAAGAGAAAGAAUACUGUUGGUGUUUAUAUGUUGUUUUUGAAUGCUGGAUUUUGUAACGCAUUGAUUUUAGAACUGUUAGAAGGCCGAGGUGUCCCUUUACUGAGAAAUAAUGCCCACCCUUGGACCAAUCAGAAUCGAGUAUUCAGCCAAGCCAUUGUACAAGAUACAAAUAAGUGCUUUGUUAAAUGCACCUGUGUGAGACACUUUGUUGUCUAUUGUAGUCUCUAAACCAGUAGACCAGUAGACCAGUUUGCUGCUGGCGGUGAAGAAGAGGCAGUACCAAGUGCCAGCCAUGAGCCCAUAACUCCAGAGUGGGCAGGUAGGAUUGCUCACUGUUAAAAACGAUCAGAACACUUUUGUUUUGUAGGGAGGGGGGACUUGUGCUGAAAAUUAUAACAAUUAAAUUUUUUAAAUUUGAUUUAGUGUCAGAGGCAGUGCCAGGACCCAGUAAUGUGCCCAGAAAGAUCCCUGCUGUGGAAGGCACAGGUAGAACUGUUGUAUCACAGUGUGUGAACAAUAUAACAUAAUGAGCCUCAUAGGCCUACUGAAGGAAGUGUAAAAGAGAGAGCAGAGUCUGCUUAGGGACUGAUCACUGAGGCAACAACAGCUCAGCAGCAGCCCCCUGAGCCACAAGCUAAGAAAAAACACAUGAAGGUGAGGCUGUUGAUUACUUUGCUCACCCUCAGUCACAGGACAUAGAUAUGUUUUUUUGUUAUCAUCCUCAACAAACACCAGAACUUCCUAUACCAAAAGUUUUCAACAGCAAAGAUGGAACCAACCGCAAGUGGUUGACUUACUGUGAAAAAAAAGUUUUUGGACUGCGGGCGAGAAGCUGGAGCACCCAGAGGAAGCCCACAUGGACCCGAGGAGAACAUGCAGGCUCCACACGGAGAGGCUCCGGCUGGGAUUUGGACCUGGGACCUUCAUGAUGAAGGGUUACUGUGCUAUCCACUGCCCCACCACGCCCGAGGUUCCAUCUGGUCUGGAGUCAAUGACGCUGUCCUCCUCCCAAAAUUACGCACCGCAGACACUCAGACACUUUGAUUCAUGAUGGCUGGCUGUUUUAGAUUAACUUGAUUUUACUUUCCUUCAUUCAGAAUGCCCACUAUAUUCAGUGAAGGUACUGGGACACAGGAGAUUGAUCUGGAAAAGAGGAUCUGAAAGAAACCCCUGUUCUUAGCUGGGGAGACCGCAGAGCCCAGGAUCAGGAAGAAUGGAGAGAACCAGAGGAGAGAGGAGAGAGCCAGCUGCUUCAGAUAUCAAGCCAUUUUCAUUAAAUAUUGAAUGUUUUUGGAGAUACUAGAGGAGAGACCCGCCUGCUUUAAAUCUGAGGUUGUUUCCAUCAAAGGUUCAAUGUUCCUUUAUUCGUAUCCAGGGAAGAAUUUAUCUUUCAGACAGGAGAUGCAGCAUUCCACCAGUACAAUGGACAUCAGAGCAACACAAAACAGCAAUACAACACAAAAUUCAGCACAAGAAAAUCGGUGAAAGUCAUUUAAAAAGUCAUGAAAACACAUCAUUGGGAGAAACCUACCAGAGGAGAAAGCCACCCGUUUAAAAUAUGGAGCCAUUUUCUUUAAGAUUUUGGAAGAUCAUCAAACAAGGUUUCUUUACUUGAGCACAAGGAUAAAAAAAAAAUUAUUCAGCACUCAAGAGUUUAAAAUACAAACAGGCAAGUAUCUUUUCAGCUGUUUUUACACAGAUUGGCAUUGUGCACACAAGUGCGGCAGUGGCCAAAAGCCGUUGCUGCUGCUGCUCCUGCUCCAUUGCCUAUUUAGUUUACACAAUACCGUCUACCUAUUUUUCUUCUCUGAGUUUUCGACAGGAAGUGGAGGGCUAACAUGAAAAAUAUCAUAAAAAGAAUCCUCUUGGAAUCUUACAAUGUGUGAAGCUGCAUAAUUCCCAAUCUGUGCACCUCUAGGAGUAAAAACCAUUGACUUGGACAGAUUGUAGUCAAAUGUGAGUGAGUGUGUCAGACUUUAGUCGUCUUAAAGUCAUCUAGUGCAUGGGAGGCAUAAUCUACAAGUCUUUUGACUUAUAUACACAUCCAGACAAUAGCAUAAAAUAAUAUGCAACACUUUUCCUAUUAUACUUAUUUAAGGCAAAAUGUUUCAACACUUCAUUUCUGUUUUUGCCCACCAUCUUCAGUGAAGGGACUUCGUACAGAAUGGACACAAUCUUCAGUGAAAAGACUGGGACACAGAAGAUUGUUCUAAAAAGAUUUUAUAGCAGCCUCAGAUCCUAUCAGGGGACAUGGCAGCAGCCAGGAUUAGGAAGAAUGGAGAGAAAGAAAAGAGUGAAGAGAGAGUCACCUACUUCAUAUCUGGUAUCAUUUUCAUCAAACAUCUUUGGAGAUACCUUCCAAACAGAGAGUUCCAUCUGCUUUAAGCCUGGGGUCAUUUUCUUCAAAGUACACAAGGAAUCAUUUUUAUUUCAAAUACAAGAUUCAGUCUUCCAGAGGUAAAACGGACAUCAGAACAUCACAAAACAGCAAUACAAAAGACAUCACAAUUAAAAGUCAGAAAAUAGAUAAAAGUCAUAAAAAAGUCAUAAAAACAUUUUGGGGAAUACUUGCUAGAUGAGGAGAUCCACCUGCUUAAAAUCCGGAGCCAUUUUUAUGACACAUGUUGAAUGUUAUGUCCAUUUCAACAAGUUUCAAACAACAGAAAAUGAAAAUGAAUAAACUUGUCAUAAAAAAUGGACACAUAGACAACUCCGAAGCUACUGGAACAGUAGAGAAGCAAAGAAGAAUUGUGAUCGAAUUAAAUCUACAGGAAUCUCCCGAUCAAACAGUAAAAGUGCGAUAUUCAGUUGUCGUACCUUCCGUAUUUGAAAUGGGUUUCUUACGUUAUGACGUACAGUGCGUGCGCCGUAGUAUAUAAAGGAUUGCGCGGGAGUACAACAUCCUUUCUCUUUUAAAUACGACAGACAACAGAAGAAGAAGAUGCUGAUUUUUUGCCUUCUCUUGCUGAUUUUUUCUCAACACAUGGAAGCAACACCUGAGAUCUGUAAAAAGGAAUGGCUGUGUGAUGCUCCUGAAUGUUUUGAAAUAAUGGGGUCUCCAGAACCAGCUUGCACCUCCACCAGUCACACAGAUCUCUGCAGAUUUAACAGAAGUUGCAUUGAGUAUAAAUGCAAGGCAGCUUUAACCUGCCAAUGUGAAGGAAGUCCAGUUAAAUUGGCAGACUUAACCAAAUGCCCUGGAAAACAUGUAGAAAGUUUCUGCGGGACCUCAUGUAAGACUGGUGUCGCUGUCGCUGUCGCUGUCGCUGCCAUUUUAAUCAUAUGCUGUAUCAGGAAAAACAGAGGCAGCUUGUGUUCUGGAUGUAGAAGGAAGGACACAGAGAGGCAGGGGGACCCAGAGCUGGGAGAGACAGGCCCACAGACACCGCCCCUGGCAGAGGGCCAAAUGGAAGUGGAGCUGGAUGACAUGAAUGAUGCCUCGAUCAAGCACUCCCCCCGGCCCGUGGAGACACAGGGCCAGGAUGCCUGUGAUGGGGCUGCAGGCCGAGGGGCCGGCGUGGUCUAUUCACAGGUGUCACCGAAGAGCAAAACCAAGAAGGGGAAGGGCGAGGAUGGGGAGGGGCAUGGGGAAGGCCCCUCCCAUGUUCUGCGUCCAGAGGAGGAGCCAUUGGUCACAGGGGAAAUGGAGGGAAACCCAGAAUGAAGAAAAUGGGAACUUCACCGGAUUGGAUUAACUUGCCGUGAGACGUGAUGAACAUGUCAUGCACUGAGGCCUCCUGUACUUCUAUGAGCAUCGCUGCUGAUUCCAGCAUCUAUCAACAUCCCUGAAGAUAUCAGAACCCAGAAGCCAUCAUUGAUCCAUCUGUGACUGAGCAGUAUUGAUAUCAAAAUGACGCUAAUGUAUGGUACUAGAAACAAUAUAGGCUAUCUUGCCUC